AUGUCUAAAGAAGAGCACGAAGAGCUAAAUGUCAGUUUUGACCGCCUUCUGAUUGAAAGUGGAGAAGAGGAAGAGGCUGGUGAGCACGACGACAGUGCCAGAUGUUUGGUAGAGGUUGAUGAUAGUUCAGAAGAAGACGAGGAGGAAGAUGAUGACGACGACGACUCGGAUUCAUGUUACCGAGAGCAGGCAAAAAGGGACUGUGAGGUUGUGUAUCGACAUGUCCAGUCAACACUGAAGCGCUUGGGGAGAAAUGGAGACUCUAUUCCAGAAACGCAUGUCAAAACAUUUUGCCGGAAUGCUCCUUUCUUGCAACUCAUUCGAGGCUCUUCAUUAUCAUCAGAAUACUCUAAACGUGGACCUUUGCUGAGGAAUAUUGAUCUUGGUGAGCAAAAAGUCAAGUCUCAUUACUCUGGACUCCAGAGCCCUGAAUUAUAUUCUUCAGAAUUGGAAAGUGGGGAUAGUGAGCUCUCACUCUACAUCCUACUUCGAGCAUCAGAGAGAUUCCUCAAUGAAUUUGGAAGAUAUCCUGGGGCCCUUGAUGGACUUCUUGAAGCUGACAUUGCUCAAUUCAAGAAGGCCAAGCACAAGCAGGGUGCCACGAAGGUGAUGCACAUCAUCUUCGUUGAUAACAAAGGCAUCUUGCUGUGCUGGCCUGUUCCAAGUAGCAUCACAGUGACUGGGGCCUAA